GGUCGGCGGCGGGCGGGCGGGCAACGCAGCGCCGAGCGGGGCCCGCGGGCCCAUGAGGAGGCCCGGGGACCAUGGGCUCCAGGAUCAAGCAAAAUCCAGAGACCACGUUUGAAGUGUAUGUUGAAGUGGCCUAUCCUAGGACAGGUGGCGCUCUUUCAGAUCCUGAGGUGCAGAGGCAAUUCCCGGAGGACUACAGUGACCAGGAAGUUCUACAGACUUUGACCAAGUUUUGUUUCCCCUUCUAUGUGGACAGCCUCACAGUUAGCCAAGUUGGCCAGAACUUUACAUUCGUGCUCACUGACAUUGACAGCAAACAGAGAUUCGGGUUCUGCCGCUUAUCUUCAGGAGCGAAGAGCUGCUUCUGUAUCUUAAGCUACCUACCCUGGUUCGAGGUAUUUUAUAAGUUACUUAACAUCUUGGCAGAUUACACGACAAAAAGACAGGAAAGUCAGUGGAAUGAGCUUCUUGAAACUCUGCACAAACUUCCCAUCCCUGACCCAGGAGUGUCUGUUCAUCUCAGCGUGCAUUCUUAUUUUACUGUGCCUGAUACCAGAGAACUUCCCAGCAUACCUGAGAAUAGAAAUCUGACAGAAUAUUUUGUGGCUGUGGACGUGAACAACAUGUUGCAUCUGUACGCCAGUAUGCUCUACGAGCGCCGGAUCCUCAUCAUCUGCAGCAAACUCAGCACUCUGACGGCCUGCAUCCACGGGGCUGCCGCCAUGCUCUACCCCAUGUACUGGCAGCACGUGUAUAUCCCAGUGCUGCCCCCGCAUCUGCUGGACUACUGCUGCGCUCCCAUGCCCUACCUCAUAGGAAUCCAUUUAAGUUUAAUGGAGAAAGUCAGAAACAUGGCCCUGGAUGAUGUCGUGAUCCUGAACGUGGACACCAACACGCUGGAAACCCCCUUUGAUGACCUCCAGAGCCUCCCAAAUGAUGUGAUUUCUUCACUGAAGAACAGGCUAAAGAAGGUCUCCACAACCACCGGUGAUGGCGUGGCCAGAGCGUUCCUCAAGGCCCAGGCCGCUUUCUUCGGCAGCUACCGAAACGCUCUGAAAAUUGAGCCGGAGGAGCCAAUCACCUUCUGUGAGGAAACCUUUGUGUCCCACUACCGCUCAGGAGCCAUGAGGCAGUUCCUGCAAAACGCCACACAGCUGCAGCUCUUCAAACAGUUUAUUGAUGGUCGAUUAGACCUCCUCAAUUCUGGUGAAGGUUUCAGUGAUGUUUUUGAAGAAGAAAUCAACAUGGGCGAGUAUGCUGGCAGUGAUAAACUGUACCAUCAGUGGCUCUCCACAGUCCGGAAAGGAAGUGGAGCAAUUCUGAAUACUGUAAAAACAAAAGCAAAUCCAGCCAUGAAGACUGUCUACAAGUUCGCAAAAGAUCAUGCAAAAAUGGGAAUAAAAGAGGUGAAAAACCGCUUGAAGCAAAAGGACAUCACUGAGAAUGGCUGUGUCCCCACCUCAGAAGAGCAGCUGCCAAAGACGGCACCAUCCCCACUGGUGGAAGCCAAGGACCCCAAGCUCCGGGAAGACCGACGGCCAAUCACAGUCCACUUUGGACAGGUGCGCCCGCCCCGUCCACAUGUUGUUAAGAGACCAAAGAGCAACAUCUCAGUGGAAGGCCGGAGGACAUCUGUGUCAAGCCCUGAACACCUGGUAAAGCCUUUGAGACACUAUGCGGUCUUCCUCUCCGAAGACUCUUCUGAUGAUGAAUGCCAGCGGGAAGAGGGCCCAAGCUCUGGCUUCACCGAGAGCUUUUUCUUCUCUGCUCCCUUUGAAUGGCCGCAGCCCUACCGGACACUCAAAGAAUCAGACAGUGCGGAAGGUGAUGAGGCAGAGAGUCCAGAGCAGCGAGCGCGGAAGCCCUUGGGCCCUGCCCCAGCUCCACCUGACAGGGCCGCCAGCAUUGACCUUCUGGAAGACGUCUUCAGCAACCUGGACAUGGAGCCCCCUCUGCAGCCACUGGGCCAGGCCAAAAGCCUGGAGGACCUUCGGGCUCCCAAAGAACUGAGAGAGCCUCCAGGAACCUUUGACUAUCAGAGGCUGGACUUGGGCGGGAGUGAGAGGAGCCGUGGGAUGAUGAUGGCCUUGAAGCUUACCCACCCGUACAACAAGCUGUGGAGCCUGGGCCAGGAUGACAUGGCCAUUCCCAGCAAGCCCCCAGCUGCCUCCCCUGAGAAGCCCUUGGUCCUGCUCGGGAAUUCCACCACCCUGCCCCGAAGGCCCCAGCACCGCGACAGCAUCCAGAACCCUGGUGACAAGGAGGAGGCACCCACUCCCACUCUGGGCAGCAUCACCAUUCCCCGGCCCCAGGGCCGAAAAACCCCAGAGCUGGGCAUCGUGCCUCCCCCACCCACUGUUCGCCCAGCCAAGCUCCAGGCUGCCGGCCCUACACUCGGUGACUUCUCAGAGCGGCUGCAGACAGAUCAGGAAAGGCGAGCCACUGUGAGCCCAGCCCUGUUCCCAGGGCUCCUCCCCAGUGUUGCUUCCCAGGGCUCCACUGAACUGCUCCAGCCCCUCAGCCCAGCCCCAGCAGCUACAGGCACAAGCAGUGACGCCCUGCUUGCUCUCCUUGACCCACUUAGCACAGCCUGGCCAGGCAGCACCCUGCCACCAUGCCCUGCUGCCCGAAAUGUAGCCACCCCAUUCACUCCCCAGUACAGCUUCCCCCCUGCAGGGACCCCUGCCCCAUUCCCACAGCAUCCACUCAACCCCUUUGUCCCAUCCAUGCCAACAGCCCCGCCUGCCCUGCCCCUGAUUUCCACAACAGCUGGGCCUUUUGGGGCCCCUCCUGCUUCCCUGGGGCCAGCUUUUGCACCUGGCCUCCUGCUGUCUGGUGCUGGCUUCUGUGCCCCUCACAGAUCUCAGCCGAACCUGUCUGCCCUCUCCAUGCCCAACCUUUUUGGCCAGAUGCCCAUGGGCGCCCACAACAGUCCCCUACAGCCGCUGGGGCCCCCAGCAGUUGCGCCUUCAAGGAUCCGAACGUUGCCCCUGGCCCGCUCAAGUGCCAGGGCUGCUGAGGCCAAGCAGGGGCUGGCCCUGAGGCCAGGAGACCCCCCUCUCUUGCCUCCCAGACCCCCCCAGGGCCUGGAGCCAGCACUGCGGCCCUCUGCUCCUCAACAGGCCAGAGACCCUUUUGAGGAUUUGCUACAGAAAACCAAGCAAGACGUGAGCCCAAGCCCGGCCCCAGCCCCGGCCCCAGGCUCUGUGGAGCAGCUCAGGAAGCAAUGGGAGACCUUCGAGUGAGCCAGGCCCUGAGGGUGGGUGAGCGAAGAACCAAGCGUGUCCUGUCCACAGCUGUGGCCUUGAGGUCCCCUGCUGCUCGGUCUGCCCAGGUUCUGCUGGUGGGUAGGGUGGGACCCCUCUCUGCCACCCCCCCAUGCCCCUGGUCUCCACACAACUGCCCAUCUCUGAGGGAAUGGUUCCAGUUCGGGCCUCAGAAUCGACCCAGCUCCUGAGCACCCGUCCGGCCCGGCACGGCCCCUCCUCAGCACCCUGACUGGGUUUUGCACUAAUGAGGUCAGCUGGGCCAAUGAUUGCCCAGACCAUGUCCUACCCACUUUCCCCCAGAAACAUCCUACAAGGCUCUCCUGAGCCAGCUCUCCUGUCCCUCCUGCAGCCCAGCCCUGCACACCCCACCUGGACAGGCACAGGCAUCAGUGUAACUCUCAAGUGUGAGCUCGUCUGCACGAGACACAGGUGAUUUGGGGGUUUGAAGUCCGGGCUCCUCCCAGGUGGAGGAUCUACCAGGCGUGGCAUUUCUGAACCCUCUCUAGCAAUAUGCACAUGCAUUCUUUCCUGAGUCUUCAUCCCAACCCCAAACUUCAGUUGUUUCUGGCCUGGUAGGAUCUGGGCUCCGAAGGAUCUUGGGCUCCCUUUUCAUAGCCAAACCCAGCCCCAGCUACCCUGCAUGGGGCUGGGGCACCAGCAACUCAGAUUUAUAGAAGAAAAAUAGAAACCCACAAAUCUGAGCGUGUUAGGAGGAAUCCUCAGCCUUCAUCCAACUUUCUGUGACUCUGAUACCUCCAGUUCUCCUUGACUUUCCUGUCACUGUCAAAGCCAGGCUUAGCCCAUUGUCACUUGGGGCUUCAUGGGGAGAGCUGAGAAAAAUGACUCAGAUUUCGACUCAAAGGCUAAGCUUAAUGCCACAUUCUGAUGUGGGAGUCUCAGCUGCCCAGGGUCCCUGGGCUGGGACAGAACGAUGGCCCUGAGCCCCUUCUUCAGGGUUCCAGUGGGCUAGAGCCUUCUUUCACCCUGGAGGCAGGAAGAGCUCCAGGACCCUGUCCCUCCCCACCUGUCUCAAGCUUCUGGCUAGCACAGAAAUUCCUGAGGCCAACGUCACCAAAGUUAGAUUGAAAUGUUUUGUUAUUGUUUCUUUUAUCUUUCUUUUUCUUUUUACCUUAUUGAUUUGAUGAAUCUUGAAAUUGAUUCAUUUCCAUAAACCAAGUUAAAGUAUGGCCCAACCAUUUAAGAAAACAACCAUCUGAGACAUCCAGGAAAUUGUGAGCAUUUUGACCUGAUUUCUCAUUUCCUAUUUGUGAAUGGUCAGACACACAGUCUACCCAGGGAUGUCUGAUAGCGCUAAGGGGGUCCCUAGAGGUCCCCGACAGCCCAGGAAGCCCCCUCUGUGUCUGAGAGGCUUCUGUGCGUGUUCAUUAAGGCCUGUGGCCAGCCCAGCACACAGCUCUUCCUGGGCCAACAGUGACCCAUCUGGGCAGGUCUCCUCUUACCACCUAGUGAGUGUUCUCUGGCUGCUGGGGGAGCCGUGUCACGCCAGUGGGCACCUCCCAGGCACUUUGUGUUUCAGCACAGAUUCCAGUUCUACCCCUGAACAGACCCCUAGGCCCAUGUGGGGCAGGUCAGAAGAUAAGAAAAGAGGCGCUGGGCAGCCCCUGGGCAGGAGACCUCAUGGUCUCCCUGGCUGUGCUGGGCUGGUGGCGAGGGCUCCGUGUCCACGUGAGCACCGCUGUCUCUUCACUUGCUGGAUUGAACUUGCAAACCCAAGGAUGAACUUUGUGUGUGCAUUCAAUAAAAUCUUCUU